CCGUUCAUUGCAUGCUGGUCUCAUGGAAGGAACGGUUCAGGAAUGGCUGGAUUCUCAAUCUUGCUUCGACUUUGCUGUCGUCGUUUGCACCAUCCAACCUGCAAGGAGUCUUUAGAGUCAUCACCUUUAUCAGGUCCCAUCUCUACAGGUACCUAGUAGUAGCCAUUCCAUUACUCUUUUCCGUUGAUGUCGCGGAUCCCACGGAUGUUGAUCAGUCAACAUGCAAUGCCGCGCCGUCUUUGGCCCUUGUGUUUGACUGUGCCGUUACUAGUCAGCCUACAGACAUACUCAGGCUAAGCUGCGCAUAGCAGCGGUGGAUUAUUUACUCACCGGGGUAAAAGUAGGUGUCCAGGACCUGCCAAAACAUGGAGACAGGUGUUUACCUGUACACUUAUCGCUUGUGCUGAGUGUAUAAUGUUGCCCGUCAUCCUCCGUCAUUCUCCCUCUGCGCCUUGUAGCUGCAGUUCUCAACCAGACACGGGACUCUCUAUAUACAGCUAUACGCCGCUCCUGGUUGCCUAUAAGGUUCACUGCUCUUCCACUGCCCCUCCAGGCCCAGUGGCACAGGACUGUCUCGCACCUAGGUAGCCAGAGCUUUGUCGAGAAGCAGCCGUAGCUUUUGCAUAUCUAGCGGACUGGCCGCUGUGAGGUUCAAGAUGAAUCGGGACUUCUUGUUCUCGCAAAUCUCGUCAGAAGCUUUCACGAGAUGACACGAUGUGGCUUCUACCGAGCAUUGUUCUGUUCACCAUUGUGUCCCAUGGGGCAACAGCUCUUCAGUCAAGGACCGACUCCGACAUUCUCGCUGUGUAUCCAACAUGUGCCCAAAACUGUAUCCAGGUCCACCUCAUCGACGAUUCCUGCAUGCAAGCUAGCAAUGACUGGGCAUGCCUUUGCACUAACCAAGCAAACCACACACUCUCCUCGUCCUUCUAUCACUGCCUCUCGCAGUUCUGUUCCAUCCGACAAACUCUCACAACCCAGAACAUCACAACCAUCAACUGCCACCUCCCCACGCGGGACCGCUCCGCCCUCCUGCUCCGUGAAAACAUCGCACUCCUAGUCGCCACCCUUCUGCUAACAACUCUGCGAACUUUGUACAAACUCUUUGUCCCCUUUCCGGCCCAUCCCAACACCGACAGCUCUUCACACGGCUUCUCGCGACCGCCUUCCCAGUAUCUGCCUAGGUCACAGCGCCUACACGCAGACGACUAUGCCCUCAUUUCCAUAACUCUUCUCGGUCUACCCAACCUCUUGCUCGCCAUCUUUCGUCUUUAUCCCUUGGGAGUAGGCCAGGAUGCGUGGACUUUGCCUCUGGACAAUAUCGCCAAAACGGUCAGGUACGGAUACGGAAUGGGUGUCGUUUACUUUUUACAAGUCGCCCUCACCAAAGUGGUGUUUCUGCUCUUCUACCUCAGGAUCUUCCCGGGAAAGGUGGUGAGAAGAGUGCUAUGGGCAACACUUUCGGUUUGUGUGCUGUUUGGGUUGGGCAGUGGCAUUGCUGGGGUUUUACAAUGUACUCCGGUGAGGUGGUGGUUCGAGGGCUGGGAUUACCGGGAGGGCAUACCGGGGGGAGAUACGACCUGGGAAGGAUGGGGAGAGGAUGGGGGAGGAAGGAGACCGGGAAGAUGCAUAAACAGAAAGGCCUUCCACGUCGCUGCGGCGGUGAUCAGUAUCUCCAUCGAUAUCUGGAUGCUGGCGAUUCCGCUGUGGUGUAUCAGGGGACUGAGGAUGAGUGUAUGGAAGAAGAUGGGGGUGGCGGGGAUGUUUGGCAUCGGGAUGCUGGUCACAAUCUUCAGUUGCAUUCGAUUGCGUGAACUGACUGUGUUUACGGAAACGCCCAACCCGACGCAAGCACUGUUCGAUGUCGAUCGGUGGUCUACUCUGGAAGCGGCGUCAAGUAUCUUUUGCGCUUGCAUGCCGACGCUGAGACAAAUGGUGGUUAGCGUUGUCAGUCUUGGGAGGAGGAGGUUUGGAAAGAGGGGUCCGUCAAGCGGUGGCAGCGGGAAAGGUGGAAGUUUGAGUACCUCUACAGUCGCUCUGGGGAUCAACUCACGAUUUUCUCGCUCAACAGAUGAUCCUAACGGUUCGCAGCAUCGCUUCUCGGAUACCCCCCAAGAAAAACUACCCGACAGGGAGCAACCCGUCCGUGAUCUUUCCCAUGACAUGUCAGAAAACCAUGAUAUCCGCAGCGGCAAUAGCAGUAUUAUGUACACGGUCGAAUACAGCGUCGAAGUGGACAACAGUCCUACCAGUACCACCAUCACUCCUGAAUCUGGACGGCCAAGUCCCCCACCGUGCACGUAUGGUAACGGCCCCCAAGAUCCCCCGGGAGUUAACGACAAUUGCGAUAAUUAUCGAGCGUGUGUGGUGUCGCGAAACUUGGGGAGGAUCGGUGGAGGAGGGGGGUCGCUCAGGAGGCAGAGUAUGUGUCCGAGGUUGAGGGUUGCGAUCUGAACUUUGUGCUUUGCGUCGACUGGGCCGUCGCGAUGGCUUUCGCUCGGAGGAGUUGACUGUUGAGGAAUAUGUCAGCACGGUUCUGUUUCUCCAGUUUACCUCUAGGCAUGUUACAAAGGCUUCAGUCCCCUUUGGGGGUUGGUCGAUUCAACCUCGCCAUAUGGUCUUUCUACCUAAGGUAGUCCACGACAGAUUGAAGCAGGCAGAAGGCGUCCAUCAGUCAAGAUUGGCCGAUUGCACAAGGAGC